UAUCUUUUAUUAAUUUAAAACAUUUUUCAUGUUUGUAAACAUUUUGUGAAUGAUAAAAGAGCGAUUUCUCUAUGAAUUAUUGGCAGCACUGAUUUUCUGAGUCAGAUAAUACACGUUUUUGUGUAAAUAAAAACAAAUAAGAAAUUGAAAUAUAUUUUAACUUAAAGCAAUGGAAAACGCUAUAAAACUGUCCGAUUUUAUAUUGGAAAAAUAUACGGAAGCUAAAGUUCCAGAACAAACGCUUGAUAUAAUCUUUGGAAGUGAAACACAGCUACUGGGAAGCGAAUAUGGCCAGGAAAGAUGCAAAGACCUUAUAUUCCCAUUUUCACGUUCACUUAAAAAUGUCGCUAUUAAACAUUCCAAAAUAUUAUUAGAAUCCACCAAUGAUGACAUGCACACUAAGGAUAUUAGCGAGAUAACUCUGGAUAUAAAGGAUUUAAAGGAAAUUGAAUGGCAACCAGGUGACACUAUUGCCAUAUUACCCACAAAUACAAAAGAGAGUUGCGAUGAGUUUUUGCAGCUGCUAAACUUGGAAAGCAAAGCUGACACUAUAUGUUCUGUUGAAAUUUCAAAAUUAUGUACGAAAAAAUCUGCCAAAGUUCCCUCAUUUAUACCAAAAUCAACAACACCACGUGAAAUUUUACGAGAUUGUCUGAAUUUAAAUACAAUAUUAAAGAAGAACUUUAUACGAAGUUUGGCCGAAUACUGUUCAGAUACUGAAGAGAUAAAAUUUCUAAAAAGUUUGUCCUCAAAAGAAGGAACUGCAUUUUAUAAUGCACUUAUAAUGGAAAAAGGUUUCACUUUAAGCGAUUUGCUCAAACUUUGUUCUUCUUGUAAACCACCUUUUAGUUUAAUUGUGGAGCAUUUGUCAAGACUUUUACCCAGGCCAUAUUCCAUAGUAAAUAGUCCCUUCAAAUCAACGGAAGAAAUAAAAAUAAUUUUCUCUAUUCUAAAAACAAAACCAGGCGUUACAACUAGGAUGUUGAAAGAAAGGAGUACGAAUGAAUCUACAUCUCUAUUGAUGUAUUUAAGAGAACCCAAUUAUUUUCGUUAUACCGAAGAAUAUUAUGAACAAAAUCAAAUUUUAAUAGCAAUUGGUACAGGACUGGCACCAUUUUUGGGUUUCCUGCAGCACAAAGAACAUCUGAUGCUAAAAGAGAAAAAAGAAAAGCCCGGAACAACUUGGCUUUUUGUAGGUGCAACCAGUGAGCAAGCAAUUUUACAACGUGACCAAUUGUUACAAUGGAAAUCGGAAUAUGUACUUACUAAUUUGUCAGAAUCAUAUUCCCGUAUACCAACUGCUCGUUAUCAUUACGUACAAGACUCCUUAGAAGCUAAUGCUCAGCAAUUAGUAGAAUUAUUAAUGAAACCAGAUACCAUUAUAUACUUAUGUGCUGAUGGUGGAGAAAUUUCGAAAUCUAUCGAAAAGUCAUUACAAAAUAUCUUGUCCAAAGAGUUGGCUAUAAGCGAAGAAGAGUCAGUAGAAAUGAUGAAAGAUUUUAAGGCCAAACGGAAAUAUAGAGAAGAUAUAUGGUUGUAAGUUAUAAGUUGAUAGUAUUCAUAAGGAAUUAAACUGUGAUAUCACAUGAAAUUCAUCUUUAGAAUUGAUUUAAUAUAUACCUGGAAAUAUUUUCAAAAUUAAGUGCAAAGUUCGAGUGUAAUUGUUUGAUAAAACUUAAAACGAAAUAAAUAAAACUUCGAACAA